UUCAAUGAUGUGCAUGUGAAAUUCAGCCAAGAAGAGUGGGCCUUGCUGGAACCUUCCCAGAAGCAACUCUACAAAGAUGUGAUGCUAGAGACCUGUGAAAACCUCACUGCUAUAGGCUACAAUUGGGAUGACCAUAAUAUUGAAGAACAUUUUCAAAGUUCUAUAAGUAAUAAAAGGCAUGAAAGCAGUCAUACUGGAGAGAAACCCUUUAAAUGCACUCUAUGUGGGAAAACCUUCCCCUAUAUCACUGUUCUUAUAUGGCAUAAAAGAACACACACUGGAGAGAAGCCUUACAAAUGUAAUCAAUGUGGUAAAGCUUUUGCAAAAAACAGUCAUCUCAUGAGCCAUAAAAGAACACACACUGGAGAGAAACCUUAUGAAUGUAAUGAGUGUGGCAAAGCCUUUGCAGAAAACAGUACUCUCUUAAGCCAUAAAAGAACACAUACUGGAGAGAAACCUUAUGAACGUAACCAGUGUGGUAAAGCCUUUGCACAAAACAGUCAUCUCAUAAGCCAUAAAAGAACACACACUGGAGAGAAACCUUAUGAAUGUAAUGAGUGUGGUAAAGCCUUUGCAAAAAACAGUCAUCUCAUGAGCCAUAAAAGAACACACACUGGAGAGAAACCUCAUGAAUGUAAUGAGUGUGGCAAAGCCUUUGCAGAAAACAGUACUCUCUUAAUCCAUAAAAGAACACACACUGGAGAGAAACCUUAUGAAUGUAACCAGUGUGGUAAAUCCUUUGCAGAAAACAGUCAUCUCAUAAGACAUAAAAGAACACAUACUGGAGAGAAACCUUAUGAAUGUAAUGAGUGUGGCAAAGCCUUUGCAGAAAACAGUACUCUCUUAAGCCAUAAAAGAACACACACUGGAGAGAAACCUUAUGAAUGUAAUGAGUGUGGCAAAGCCUUUGCAGAAAACAGUACUCUCUUAAGCCAUAAAAGAACACACACUGGAGAGAAACCUUAUGAAUGUAACCAGUGUGGUAAAGCCUUUGCACAAAACAGUACUCUCUUAAUCCAUAAAAGAACACACACUGGAGAGAAACCUUAUGAAUGUAAUGAGUGUGGUAAAGCCUUUGCAAAAAACAGUCAUCUCAUGAGCCAUAAAAGAACACACACUGGAGAGAAACCUUAUGAAUGUAAUGAGUGUGGCAAAGCCUUUGCAGAAAACAGUCAUCUCAUAAGACAUAAAAGAACACAUACUGGAAAGAAACCU